AUGUCUGUCACCGAGAUCAGCUGCAUGGGUGUAAAGCCUUUCCUCGACGUCAUGAACGAAGGCACUCCUGAGGGUCAGGUUCUUUUGAAAGCCUGGAACACCAUCAUCGCGGCUCCUGAAGGUCCACGCCGAAUUUAUUGGGGUCUUGAGAUGGAGGAUUUAACCAAGAUCUGGACAUUCUUCGACUGGAACUCGAUCGAGGAUCACGAGAAAUUCGCGGCCUCUUUUCAAUCCGUCUCCCCCCAAUCCCUUCGAUAUAAGACCACUGAGGUCAUCAUUACUUACUUUCCAUCGAGUAUCUCCAAAACCCAGAGAAAUGGACGGGUCCUGGAGAUCCAAAGCCUCAUUGAGAGGAACAAGAAUUCUUGGAAUCAAGAACUUGCGGUCAGCUACGGUUGGGGUGUGGAAAACGACUUUCCUUUAAUGGGUGGUGGUGAAGGUCAAACAGCGUCUGUGCUUGUGAUCUUGAUCGGCUCGAACGAGGAUGUCACUCAAAUGUACUCUGGGACGACUGCUUCUGAGAAUAUUAUGGAGUUGAUCCAGACCAUGGAGGGGCUGAUAGAGUCUACUAGGCAUCACCUAGUCGUUCGCAGUCUCGGAAAGGGGCUAUGA